AUGGCCUCGUACCUGUACCAGCUCCUCGGCAUGGGGCCAAAGAGAUCGCCCCCGACAAUCGUGCCGACGGACGAGAUUGCGCCCUUGCAUUUAUUUGACGAUACGACGACUCUGCGGGGCUUCACGCUCAUGUGGACCUUCAAGUUCGACGAGGUGCUGAACGCGGAUAUGCUGGGCGAUUCGCUGUCUCGGCUCUUUCAGAUGGAGGGCUGGCGGAAGCUUGGUGGAAGGCUUCGACUCAGACCCGAUGGAUCAGCUGAGAUUCACAUUCCGCGUCUUUUCACAGAGGGGCGACCGCCGCUUUACUUCACAAAAGAGAGCUUCGGCAUGCGCAUUUCAGAGCACCCAGAAGCAUCCAAGCUGCCAAGUGCAACAGACAAAUUGACAACGUUCCCAAGCGCUCGAAACUACCAAUCACUAGCCCUUGGUCCCGGAGCACCCAAAUGCAUCGAUGACUACUUUUAUUCCGACCAUCCGAUAUACGGCCUCCACGUUGUGAACUUCACAGACGCAACAUUGGUCUCCAUCAAUUUCAACCACUGCGUCAGUGAUCUCGCCGGUCUCAUGGCCGUCCUGAACGCAUGGCAGCUCGUCUUGGCAGGCAAACCCGAGGCCGUACCUCCAUUCAAGGGCUUUUUCGAGGACACCAUGGCUGGCCUUUACAAAUCAGAGCCAACAGAAAAGUUUGUGCUGGCCGACAAACAGCUCUCGGGCUUUGGACUUGCUUCGUUUGGACUUCGACUUAUUUUUGACUCGUGGUGGAAUUCCCCUAUUGAAUCGAAGCUUGUUUGCAUUCCGAAAAAGGUGAUGGAUGCUUUUGUACAAGACGCCAGGGACCAGAUUUCGAAAUCAGAAGAGGCCGCUGCAGACUCGCCUACAUUCAUCACCCUGCAGGCCGUUGACCCUCGCAGCCGUGUCAAGUCAGUCUUUCAGCAAGACGCCGCAUAUGUCUGCAACGCACCAGCAGCAGCAUUUGUCCAGUAUACCAACCAAGAAGCUGUCGACAAGACCAUCGGCGAACUAGCACUCGAGAGUCGAAAGGCCCUCCUAAAGCAACUCACCGAAGAGCAAAUGAAGGCCGUCGCUGCGCUGGCAUACAAAUCGAUGGGGGCCACCGGAAACCCUCCGAUGUUUGGAGAGAGCAACAUGGCCUUUCUAGUGUUUUCCAACUGGAGCAAAGCCGCGUUUCUAGAAACGGUAGAUUUCAGCCCAGCGAUUGUCAAGAGUGCUGAGACGGCUCGUCCUGAUGGGAAGCAGGGCCGUCCAAUUUAUUACCAUUCACAGAGUAUAGAAACGAGUAGAUUUUCGACAAACGUCAUUGUGAUUAUGGGGAGAGAUUUAGAAGGAAACUUUUGGCUGAAUGCUGAUUAUCCAGCGCACCAUUGGCCUGCAUUGUUGGAGCAGCUGGAGCGAUAUGCAUAG